AUGGCAUCCGAAGCAGCUGUCAGCUCUACCGCCGAGGGUCUCACCCCUGCGCAGAAGCUCAUGCAGGAGCACGAGCACCACGUCACUGUCGAGGACGUCCCUGACGAGGAGGACGUUGCUCACCCAGCGCCGUCCGCCAAGUCUGAGGCUCCUCUGAGCGAGAAAGCCGCCGGCAAGCAGAAGAUGGAGGACGCACCUGCCCCCAAGAAGGCUGCUCUGAACACGUCGUCCGAGGAGGCCUUCCCGGCUCUCGGCCCUGCGAAGCCCCGUGGCCAAGCGCCUGUUGCACCCACCUGGGGCAAGAAGCCUGCGUCCGUCACCUCCAAUGGCGUCAAUGGCUCUGCUGCCAGCAACGGUACCUCUGGGGCUUCGGCCCCGGCUUCUAUUCCCGUCGGCGGUGGUCCUGCUCUCCCUUCGAUGAACAUUCCCGGCAAGCACACGGAGCGCAUCUCCUUCUCUCCCAACCAGCUCACUCCUCGCCAGCAGCUCAAGAAGCCUGUCAACGACAUCAUUCGCGACAUCAACAGGCGGUCCAAGGCCAAGCUCGAGUACAAGUCCGGACCUGGUGGAACUGUCAUCUUCGAGUCCACUGGCCCGGUCGAGGCGGUGAGGCAGACUCUCAAGGAAAUUGCCAACGAGGUCGGCUCCAAGCAAUCUGUCGAUGUCCCCGUCCCCGCCUCCGUCCGCGCGCACAUCAUCGGUCGUCAAGGAUCCAAGAUCCAGGAGAUCAGCAAGCGCACCGGUGCUCGCAUUCAGGUCCCCAAGGCUGAGCCUGGCGAGGAUGAAGACACCGUUGUCAAUGUACACAUUGAGGGCAAUGCGCUUACCGCUGAGAUGGCUCGUCGCGAGAUCGAUGCCAUUGUCAACGAGCGUACCUCGACUGUCAACUUGCGCCUCAAGGAGAUCCCCGCCGAGUUCUACCCCUUCUUGGCCGGUCCCCACAACGUCCACAUCGACAAGCUCACGCAGGGCCGCGAUGUCAAUGUCCAGAUCCCCCAGUACCACACCUGGCGCUCGCAAGCUCCACCCCAGGCAACGCGUGGUCAGCCAGUACCAUUCACUCCUCAGACCAACUUCCCCAUCCAGGUUUCUGGUGACCGCGCACUCGCCCAGCAGGUUCAGGCUGAGCUCGAGCGCCGCGCUCAACAGCUCCGCCAGCAGCUUUCUCUUGAACAGCGCUCGAUCGAGCGUGGCCGACACCAAUUCAUUGUUGGUGACCGUGGUGGCUCUCUGCACGAUUUCUUGGAGGAGACUGGCUGCAGUAUCGUUCUUCCCCCCAGCUCGGACGACAGCGAGACAGUCUACAUCGUCGGACCACCCAACAAGAUCGAGCAGGGAAUCAACAAACUCGAGGACCUGGCUGCUAGCAUGACCAUGGCCACCGCCGAUGCUGCUCGCGAGCACAAGAGCGCCCAGCAUGCCUACAACCUCACACAGUACCUGCGUCAGCGUCAGGCACUAGCCGAGCUUGAGCGUUUGCACGAGGCCAGCAUUGUUGCGCCCACUGACCGCGAUGGCCCAACCGGAUGGGAGAUCUACGCUCGCAACGGAAAGAACAGCAUGAAGGCUCGUGGAGACAUCAUGAGUGUGUUCGCCAGUCACCCUCCUAGCAGGUUCGCUACCGUCGAUGUGGACCCAUUCUACCAUCAGUUUCUGCAACAGCGCAAUGCACAGAAGCUCCGACAGGACACUGGAGUCCAUGUCGUCUUCCCCAACGAGGCCGAGAACUCGCCACAGCUGAUCCUUGUCUACGAGGGUGAUACUCCUUACGACGAGUACUCUAUUCCUCGCGGCGCACCUUCAUCUGCAGAGGUCAAGGCCUACCAACAGGCUCUUCAGAAGGCUCAGCAGUUCGUCCAGGGUCUUACUAGCAACCAGCCAAAGAUCGAGUCUCGCGGUCUUGAGUCAAACCCCAAGUUCCACCGCAAGAUUGAGCAGUACAUCAACGAUGAGCAGGAGGGCCUUCCCACUCACCAGGUACCUGUUCAAGCACUCUUCGGUCAGCGCCGCCCCGAGGCUCACAGCCGUUCAAACAACAGCUUUGCCAUUCGCGGACCCGCGAACGCUGUAGACGAGCUCAACGCCAAGAUCCUUGCCUUCAUUGAGCAAGCUGAGAAGGACGAGCUUGAGCGCAACCAUGUCACCACUUUUGACUACCCACAGAAGUAUGCCAGUCACCUCGUUGGCAAGGGCGGCGAGAACAUCCAGCGCCUGCGCCAGAAAUACGAUGUUGACGUACAAAUCAACGAUGGCAAGGUCGAGCUGAAGGGACCCUCUGCCAAGGCGCUGCAGUGCAAGAAGGACAUUCUCGACAUGGCCAAGAAACUAGAGGAUGAGGCCACACAUACACUUAAGGUCAAGCCCCAAUAUCACCGCGACCUCAUCGGCGCUGGUGGAAAGCAGGUCGAGCGUCUGCAGACCCGUUACGGUGUCCGCAUCAACUUCCCUCGCCGGGCAAACAACAACGAUGAAGACGCUGAUGCGUCUUCUCAGCGCAAUGCUCGUGGAGGUCAGAACCAAGAUGAGGUUAUCAUCCGUGGCCCCAAGAAGGGCGCAGAUGAGGCUCGCGAUGAGGUACUUAACCUUCUCCAAUAUAUCAUGGACAAUGGGCACAGCGACACUGUCUCUGUUGCCCAGAGCCAGAUCCCCCAGUUAAUCGGCUCCGGUGGACGCGAGAUGGAGCAGCUUCGCCUUGAGACAGGUUGCCAGAUUGACGUACCAGGCGCACGUGAGGGUGCUGAUCCUUCUGGUCGCGCUGAGAUUAAGCUUAAGGGUACCAAGAAGGCUGUUGAAGAUGCCAAGAAGAUUCUGCUGCAGCGCGCAAAGGUCUUCGACGACACCACUGUCGAGACGCUCGAGGUUGACAGGAAGCACCACAGGAACCUCAUCGGAGGCAGCGGUUCGAACAUCCGCUCCAUCGUCACUGCCGCCGGAGGUCCUGACAAUGCUCGCGACCUUGCGCGCAUGGUACGCUUCCCUCGCGCAGAGUCUGACGAGACUGCGAUUCGCGUAGAAGGCCCAAAGAGUGUCGUCGAGAAGAUCAUCGCGUCUCUCAAGGCUCAGGCAGCUUCGCUCGAGAACCAGACCACCGAGACUAUUGAGAUCUCGCCCGACAAGCACCGCCUCCUCAUUGGUCGUGGCGGUGAGACUCGUCGUUCGCUGGAGUCACAACUCAACAUCCAGCUCGACAUCCCCAAGCAGACCACUACCGGUGCUGCUCGCAGCCAGGUGAAGAUCACUGGUGAGCCCGAGCACGUCGAGAAGGCCAAGGAGCACAUCCUCGAGCUUGUCAAGGGACAAGAGGGUGAGACCAUCCAGGUCCCUCGCCAUCUCCAUCACGUCAUCUCCGACAAUGGCCAGUUCUUCCGUUCGCUCCGCAACCAGCACAAGGUCACUGUCGACCAUGCUGGCCAGCAACCUCCAUCUAAGCCUGCCUCCGCUGAGGCUGGUCGCUCGCGCAAGGGCGCGAACGGUGCUCUUCCUUUGAUCACCGAUGACGCCACUGGUGGAGCUGAUGAGCAUUCUUGGGAGAUUGUCGACAACAAUGCUCCCGAGGAGGGCGCUGACCUUUCUGCCACCAUUCCCUGGGUCAUUCGUGGUUCUCCUGAGGCGCUCCCCAAGGCUCGUCAGAAGCUCGAGGCUGCCAUUGAAGCGGCGUCCAAGCCCUCGUCGACCGGCUACCUCAUCCUGCCGGACCCGCGCAGCUACAGGCUUGUCGUCGGCUCUGGUGGUAGCACCAUCAACGACCUUCGCAAGAAGACUGGCACCAAGAUCCAGGUUCCUCGCGACCAGGCCAAGGACGAGGCCAUUGAGAUUGUCGGCACCAGGGACGGCUGCGAGCAGGCGCGCCAGCUCAUUCUCGACAUUGUGUCCAAGGGAGGUAACGGCGGCCGUAAAUAGAGUUCGCAGUCGUUGCGACAUUUUCCAGGUGACGAAUUUAGCGCGGAGUUUCUGUGCGUAGCAGUGCCUAUGGGUACAUGAGAAUGCGGUUUAACAUUUCUUGCAAUCUUUCUUUCAUGCGAUAUGAAGCUCAACAUAGGAGCGAAGUAUCUUACUUCUUGUUUCGAAUAAUGUGUGCAUGACAAAAUAGAUAGGAGGGAAUAAAAGUUUUGCGGUAUGAAAUACA